CUAGCGGCGUCAUGGCCGCCGACGACAAGUCCUCGUCCUCCUCCUCGGAGUGGAGCGUGGAGCCGCCCGUCUCGUCGCCCGCAAGCCCCUCCCACCUGACCCACUUCAAGCCGCUGACUCCGGAGCAGGACGACCCUCCCCUCCGCUCCGCCUACAGCUCUUUUGUCAACCUGUUUCGUUUCAACAACAAAGAGGAUGGACGUCCUUCCUCAGCGGUUUCAGAGAAGACGGAUGCCUCGACCCCGUCUCCUCAGUCAGAGCGGAGCUGGUCCACGAGUCCAACCCAGUCCCUCUACAGCUCCAGGUCACACCGGAAACCACACACAGACCUCCUCCGACGCACCUCCACUGCCUCGGACUGCAGCAGGAAGUCGGACACCACUCUGAGUAACCAUGACCCUCGCACAGCUGUGCAACUUCGCACUGCACUGAAGAGGCUGAAGGAAAUAAUGGAGGGAAAGAGCCAGGACAGCGACCUGAAGCAGUACUGGAUGCCAGACAGCCAGUGCAAAGAGUGCUACGACUGCAACGAGAAGUUCACCACCUUCCGCCGCCGCCACCACUGCCGCCUGUGCGGCCAGAUCUUCUGCAGCCGCUGCUGCAACCAGGAGAUCCCCGGGAAGUUCAUGGGCUACACGGGCGAUCUGCGCGCCUGCACGUACUGCCGUAAGAUAGCGCUGAGCUACGCCCACUCGGCCGACCCGUGCUCCAUCGGAGAGGACCUGAGCGCCUUGUCCGACUCCACCUGCUCCGUGUGCGUGGAGCCCAGCGAGCCGCGGACACCCGUCGGCGGACGCAAGUCCAGCCGGAAUAUCUUCCUCGAGGAAGACCUGACCUGGCAGAGUAUGAUUCACCAGGAGCCGCAGAACAGUGGCCUCACUUCCAGACUGACGGCACUCCAAGAAGACGGCGGCAAAUCACCCGCCAGGAAGAGGUCCGCCAGCGUGACCAACCUGUCGCUGGACCGCGCCGGCUCCUCCAUGGUGCCGUCCUACGACAGCUCCGUCAGCCCGCCCACCAGCCGCGACAUGCCGGGCGCCAAGAGCGGCGCCAAGCUGGACCACAGCGAGGAGGAGAGGAAGAUCCUACUGGACUCCUCCCAGCUGAAGGACCUGUGGAAGAACAUCUGCCACAACAGCACAGGGAUGGAGUUCCAGGACCACAGAUACUGGCUGAGGACAUACCCCAACUGCAUUGUGGGAAAAGAGCUCGUCAACUGGCUGCUGAGGAAUGGCACCAUCUCCACCAGGGCCCAGGCCAUCGCCAUCGGCCAGGCGUUGGUGGACGGCCGCUGGCUGGACUGCAUCACCCAUCACGACCAGCUGUUCAGGGACGAGUACGCUCUCUACCGCCCCCUGCAGAGCACAGAGUUCUCCGAGACGCCGUCCCCGGACAGCGACAGCGUGAACUCGGUUGAGGGACACUCGGAGCCGUCGUGGUUCAAGGACAUCAAGUUCGACGACAGCGACACGGAGCAGCUCGCCGACGAGGGCGAGUACUCCAUGCCGAACUCCGCCAGCCCCAGCAAGAGGUCCUCCGUCAGCAGCUUCCAGUCCGCGGUGGACAGCGACUCCGCCGCCUCCAUCAACCUCAACACGGAGCAGAACAACGUCAACUUCCACAUCAAGAAGCAGGCCAAGUAUCCACACGUGCCGUCUGCAGCGGACCAGAAAGCUGAAUUCCUUCUCUCUGAGGACAGAGGACAGAAUAUUGUCAUCAGCGACGCCUUCAUCAAGGAGUCUCUGUUCAACCGCCGCGUGGAGGAGAAAGCCAAAGAGAUGCUGUUCACGCCGCUGGGCUGGCACCACAGCUCCCUGGACCAACUCCGGGAGGAGAACGGGGAGAAGAAGGCCAUGGAGAGGCUGCUCUCUGCCAACCACAGCCACAUGAUGGCGCUGCUGCAGCAGCUGCUCUACAGCGAGUCCCUGUCUCUGUCCUGGCGCGACGUCAUCGUCCCCGUGGUGCGCCAGGUGGUGCAGACGGUGAGGCCCGACGUCCGCAACUGCGACGACGACAUGGACAUCCGCCAGCUGGUCCACAUCAAGAAGAUCUCUGGAGGCCGGAAGUUCGACUCCACGGUGGUAAACGGCUUUGUGUGCACCAAGAACAUCGCCCACAAGAAGAUGAACUCCUACAUCAAGAACCCCAAAAUCCUGCUUCUGAAGUGCUCCAUCGAGUACCUGUACAGGGAGGAGUCCAAGUUCUCGUGCAUCGACCCCAUCGUGCUGCAGGAGCGAGAGUUUCUGAAGAACUACGUGCAGCGGAUAGUCGACGUCCGCCCGACGCUGGUGUUGGUGGAGAGGACCGUGUCUCGCAUCGCUCAGGACAUGCUGCUGGAGCACGGCAUCACGCUGGUCAUCAACGUCAAAGCGCAAGUCCUGGAGAGGGUGAGUCGUAUGACCCAGGGAGACCUGGUGAUGUCCAUGGACCAGCUGCUCACCAAACCCCGCCUGGGAACCUGCUUCAAGUUCUACAUGCAGUCCUUCACUCUGGCCAACGACGAGGUGAAGACGCUGAUGUUCUUCGAGGGCUGCCCUCUGCACCUCGGCUGCUCCAUCAAGCUGCGAGGAGCCUCCGAGUACGAGCUGGCCCGGGUGAAGGAGAUCAUCAUGCUGAUGGUGUGCGUGGCCUACCACUCGCAGCUGGAGAUCUCCUUCCUCAUGGACGAGUUCGCCAUGCCGCCCAGUCUGGCCCAGAGCACCUCAUUCCCCUGCCUGCUGGAGGGCACGUCGGCAGAGGAGGAGGAGGAGGAAGAGGAGGAAGAAGAAGAGGAGAAUGGAGAGAGUCUGGAGAAAACCGUAGUGCCCGAAGACUCGGGAGGACGAACCGACGACGAGGGGCUUCCCGCCGAGUCUCCGCCCAAAAGCGGAGACGCGGACACUCUCCAAGACGACCGGCACCCCGACGUGUCCUCCCCCGUCCCGGACCAGGAGGCGAUGACCUCCACGCCGUUUUCCAGUCCCGUCGCGUCGCCGCCGCCUCUGUGCCUGCUGCCGCCGUUCCUCAUGGAGGACGACCCGGCGACGGGCGACGCCGACACCGUCGUCGCGGCGGUGGCGGCGUCCGAGGGUGUGGCGGGGGGCGAGGGGAGCCUCGCGAAGAAGAAGAAACUGAAGGGGGAUUCCCGCGAUCCGGAAGGCGCCACCAUCGCCGCCGCCACGACCCGGUUGUUCCGAGACCCCCUGCAGGACGACACGGGGAUGUUCGUGGCCGAGCAGGUGGACUCGUCGGACGACCGGCUGAAGUCCAUCUCCGCCGUGUUCAAGCAGGAGCUGCAGGACAUCAUCCUGUGCAUCUCGCCCUUCUUCACGUUCAAGGAGCCGUUUCUCCUCAUGGCCGCCGGCAUGCAAUGCCCCAGCAGGGACUACUUCCCGGAGCAGGUGUACCUGUCCCCGCUCCUCAACAAGGACUACAAAGAGCUGGACGGACGUCGGAAGCGGCAGCUCCUCAAAGACUCCGCCCCCUCCGCUCUGGCCGGCGGGCAGACCAACAGCGGCGCUCAGCCGAAGCCCGUCGACGUGCUGCCCUCCCACAGCCUCACCAGCACGCGCAUCACAGAGCAGCUGAGCGGCAGCCAGGACCUCGCCCGCAUGGUGGCGGACUACAGGGCCAAGGGGGGCCGCAUCCGGCAGAGGGAGGGCGGCGACCCCUUCUGCGCCGCGGCGCCCGUCAGCGGAGCGCAGAGCAAGGCGGCGGCGGUGAAGCUGACGAGGGCCGACAGCGAAGAGAAGACGAGCAAACCGGCUGACGCCAGCUGGGCGCCCAAGCUGGACUGUCUGAACCCCGUCAACCACCAGCGGCUGUGCGUGCUCUUCAGCAGCUCGUCGGCUCAGUCCAGCAACGCGCCCAACCCCUGCGUCAGCCCGUGGAUCGUCACCAUGGACUUUUAUGGCAAGAAUGACCUCUCCCUCGGCGUGUUCCUGGAGCGCUACUGCUUCCGGCCGUCUUACCACUGCCCCAGCAUGUACUGUGAGACUCCCAUGGUGCACCACAUCCGCCGCUUCGUGCACGGCGGCGGCUGCGUGCAGAUCGUGCUGAAGGAGCUGGACUCCCCGGUGCCCGGCUACCAGCACACCAUCCUCAACUACUCCUGGUGCCGCAUCUGCAAACAGGUGACGCCCGUGGUGCCGCUGUCCAACGACUCGUGGUCCAUGUCGUUCGCCAAGUACCUGGAGCUUCGCUUCUACGGCCACCAGUACACCAGGAGGGCCAACGCGGAGCCCUGCGGACACUCCAUCCACAAGGACUACCACCAGUACUUCUCCUACAACCAGAUGGUGGCGUCCUUCAGCUACACCUCCGUACGGCUGUUGGAGAUUUGUCUUCCUCGUCCCAAGAUCUUCAUCAGGAACCUGGGACCGUCCAAAAGCAACCUGCAGCAGGACCUGAAGGACUUCUCCCAAAAGGUGACCCAGGUGUACAUGGCCAUCGACGACCGCCUCACCUCCCUCAAGACCGACACCUUCAGCAGGACGCGAGAGGAAAAGAUGGAGGACCUCUUCGCUCAGAAAGACAUGGAAGAUGCCGAGCUGCGCAGCUGGAUCGAAAAACUGCAGGCGCGAAUCCAGGUGUCCGGUCUGGAUUCCCCGCAGCAGGUGCAGGCGGUUCUGGAGUCGCUGGUGAUGAAGAAGCAGGGUCUGUGCGAGAUGCUGCAGUCCUGGAACAGCAGGCUGCAGGACCUGUUCCAGCAGGAGAAAGGCAGGAAGCGUCUGUCCGUCCCUCCGAGCCCGGGGAGGCACCGGCAGACCCCCGCCGCCGCCGCCAUCGCCGACGACAGCAAGAGUACCCUGGAUUCCUCCCCCCGCAACCCCUCGCCGGUGGUGCUGACCGGAGACAAAGAGGACCGCCAUCUCUGCAUCCUGUCCUCCACCUCCUCCUCCAUGCUGCCGUCGCCAGGAGAACUCGGAGCUGAUCCUUUCACACCUUUUCCCUCCUUCACUGAGCAAGACUCGGUCAGCCUCUCGGAAGAUGUGUUUGACGGACACCUGCUGGGCUCCACCGACAGCCAGGUGAAGGAGAAAUCCACCAUGAAAGCCAUCCUCGCCACUUUCCUGCCCGGCAACAGCUACAACCCCAUCCCUUUCCCAUUCGAGCCAGAUAAACACUACCUGAUGUACGAGCACGAGCGCGUUCCCAUCGCCGUGUGCGAGCGAGAGCCGAGCUCCAUCAUCGCCUUCGCCCUCAGCUGCAAGGAGUAUAAGACGUCGCUGGACGAUCUGUCCAAGAUGUCGGGCGCCGGCGGGGAGGAGACGCCGCAGGUCAGCAGCGCUGGGGAGAGCCGGGCGAAGAGCAGCCCGCUGAGGCCCAGCGAGUCGACCUCGUCCCAGCAGAGCCGCACCAGCAUGGAGACGGACCCCCUCAAAGACGCAGAGCUGGCCGACAAGCAGAAGAGGCAGAGCCUGAAUCCACACGUCGAGCUGCAAUUCUCCGACGCCAACGCCAAGUUCUACUGCCGGAUCUACUACGCCGAGGAGUUCCACAAGAUGCGCGAGGAGAUCAUGGAGAGCACCGAGGAGGACUUUGUCCGCUCGCUGUCGCACUGCGUCAACUGGCAGGCUCGCGGAGGGAAAUCUGGAGCCAUGUUCUACGCUACAGAAGAUGACCGGUUCAUUCUGAAGCAGAUGCCCAGACUGGAGGUCCAGUCCUUCUUGGACUUUGCUCCUCACUACUUCACCUACAUCACCGGAGCCGUGCAGCAGAAACGGCCGACAGCGCUGGCGAAGAUUCUGGGCGUUUACAGGAUCGGUUACAAGAACUCACAGAACAACACGGAGAAGAAGCUGGACCUGCUGGUGAUGGAGAAUCUCUUCUACGGACGCAAGAUGGCGCAGGUGUUUGACCUCAAAGGUUCCCUGAGGAACCGCAACGUGAAGACGGACUCGGGCAAGGGGAGCUGCGAGGUGGUUCUCCUGGACGAGAACCUCCUGAAGCUGAUCCACGACAACCCGCUCUACAUCCGCUCGCACUGCAAGGCCAUCCUGCGAGCCGCCAUACACAGCGACGCCUACUUCCUGUCCAGCCACCUCAUCAUCGACUACUCCCUGCUGGUGGGGCGCGACGACGCCACCGAUCAACUGGUGGUCGGCAUUAUAGAUUACAUCAGGACUUUCACCUGGGACAAGAGGCUGGAGAUGGUCGUCAAAUCCACUGGAAUCCUGGGAGGUCAAGGGAAGAUGCCCACCGUCGUCUCUCCGGAGCUUUACAGAUCUCGGUUCUGUGAGGCCAUGGACAAAUACUUCCUGAUGGUCCCGGACCACUGGACCGGCCUGGGCGUAAACUGCUGAGCAGUAAUACACACACACACAAAAACACACACACACACUCCUGAGUGUAUGAGCUCGAGCACACUGGACAUUGUACAUGUUUGUGCGGUCUGACGCCUGGACAUACACCAGGAUACAGACCAGUAUCAUUCCGUGGAGGCGGGGCCACCAGUAUCAUUCCGUGGAGGCGGGGCCACUCGGCAACGUAACGAAGACGAUUGGGAUCAAGUUUUUAUCCUCUCAGUAUUAUCAGACUAUAAUUUAUCUCUUGACACCCCAACAUGUUUUAAUGGAGGGUUUGUUGUUUUAUGAGCACCACAAGUCUGCCAACUGUUUGAAGACAUUCAGGGUCCCAGAUUAUAGUUUGUUAAACGGAACUGAAUCAUGUAAUUUAAUGUUUGUAAAUGUACAGAGAUUAUGUAACUAAUAAAAGUCUUGACUCCGA